AUGGCAAACAAAAGACGACCCAAAAAGACAAAAGCGCCAUAUCGCAAGUAUGUCGCUGGGCAGGGGUUUGUUCACACCAGAGGGUUUACAUCCACUGAAGCCGUGGCACGAGAUGAGGGAGACAGUUUAGGAGGGCUUGCAGACCAGUUUAGCGAAUUGUCGAUUGGAGCCAAUAAGAUACGCCCUGCUAAUGAAGAGAGAAGUCGCGAGCUGCAUCAACCGGCUCUGGGAGAUGGAAUGGCUCUCCCGUGGGAGCUUUUCAGGCUAAUUUUGCAAUUUUCAGAGACAAUCGAACCCCAAUACCUUCUCGUUUGUCGGACUUGGUAUUUUAUCUCCUUGUCAUUUCUUUAUCGGGCUCCAAAGCUCUCAAGCCGGAAUUUUUACAAAUUCGUCGAUGCUCUCGUAAACAAUCGCAAGAAGCGACUAGGCGAACAUGUUGUGACGCUAGAUCUUUCCACCAUCAUACAAAGUGGCAAAAACUCGUUUGUCUCCAAGUUAUUACGCCGAUGUAGCCCGCGCUUAGAAACUUUUACCGCCCCUCAAACUAGUUUUGGUUACGCGCCUCUGAUAAGCCUGAAGUCAUGUCACAAACUGAAAUAUCUGGAUUUGGGACUUGUGUCAGAGACCGUUCAGCUGCGGGAACUAUUUCAGGCCAUUAAAGGCUUUAAUUGUCUGACGCAUCUUUCGUUUCCCAGAAGUUCCAUCGACUGCGAGGGUUUUCGAGAAUUUCAAUGGCCUCCCAAUCUGCGAUAUUUGAAGCUAAGCGGAGGUAUUACCAACGAAUUCGUGAGUGAAACGAGUUUCCCACGUUCCAUACGAAGACUCGAGUUUUCCUACUGUCCUCAGAUAAAUGAGCACGCCGUUUACACGGUUCUGGCCAAAAUUGGGGACACGCUGACUCAUCUUUACUUCCAUUACCCCAUGCCAGCACUUCAAGAAAGCUCGCUUGACUACGUUUUCAGAUAUUGUUCCAAUCUAAUCACUCUUCAGCUUACCGUCGACUACUGUUCCAAAUGGGCUUUUUCUGAGAAUUUUCUCACUCCUUUACCUUACCCACGACCUUUAAGGAACCUCAGGCUCGAAUGUAGUGGAAGCUUGGGCCAAGCAUUUAAAGUACAUCCUGAUGAUCUCACAAUCGCCGUGGUUGAAGAAAGGCUACCGAAUUUGAAAACCUUAAGAGUCACAUCAAAACUGGGUUGGGACAUGAACGGAGACGAUGUUGGAGACUUAGUCUCGUGCUUGGAGGAUCAAGAAGCAAGCAUAUACGUUACCUUCUAA